AUGAGUGAUGAGAAUUUAUGGAAAUAUGAUAAGCUUUUCGCGAUUAUGAGAGGGUAUAUAAAUGAAAAGCAAGCAAAUGGUGAUAACGAAACGAAUGAUCAAAUUGGGCGAAUUGCAGCAUUGAUUUUUGAAAUUGAACAAGAAUUUCUUCCAAACAAAAAGAAAGAUUUGACACGUGAUCAGAGGCAUAUAAUCACUAUGUACUGUCCAAGACACUCAAGGGAAAAUGAACAAAAAAGAAAAGAUAAUUAUAUAGGAGAUACAAAUUAUAAAGAACUUGAAUCAUAUAAAUUGAUUUUAGAAUUGAACAAUAACAAAGUACCUCAAGACACUUUUAUAAGAAAAUUAAUAGAAUUAAUGAAAGAAACUGAUAAUCUUGAUAUUCCAAGGGAAGCGAAAAGAUCAAAAGAAGCCCAUUAUAAAUUUCUUAAUGAACACAUUGAUAUUCUUCGUGAACUUAUUGAAAACGGUUUGAAAUUUGAAUACAAUUAA